AUGUUUAGAGAUUACACAAAAUUACGCAUUGUCGAAUUCUUUAAGGAUAACAAUUUUACACUAUAUCCCACUAUAUCGUAUGCACCCAUUACAUUCCUCAUAUGUUCACAACAUUCAAGUGAUUGUUUCUUCAACGCGGACGUCAAUAAAAAAAGUUGUCCUGAACACUUCAAUUGUAAGCUAGAGAAAGCAACACAGAGAUUUAUAAUUGAAUACGAUAAACUAACUGCGAAACAACUAACGAAAGUACCAGAGUUGGUGAACCCAAUAAUUGGAAAUACGGCUCUUUAUUUAAAUAAUCAGAAUCUAACCAAAUUGCCAAACUCAACCUUGUAUGGAUAUUACAAUCUAUCGGAACUGCAUCUGGCUAAUAAUAACCUUACGGAAUUACAUGUUGCUCAACUGCCACCCAAUUUAACGUAUUUGGAUAUCAGCAACAAUAGUCUUCGAUCCCUGGACAAAAGUGUGCUGGAUUUUCUAUCGAAUCGACCAGGACUACGACUUAAGCUGGCUGGGAAUCCUUGGAUCUGUGAUUGCAAUAAUGACGCUUUUGUUUCAUUCGUUUCGCAUCACUUGAAUAAUACAAUUGAAGACCGCAGAAGUGUAAAAUGUAAUCUUGGUCUGAUAGCCCAACUUACAAAAGCAGAUAUUUGUGGAUUACCAAAUAAUUACAUUUAUAUUAUCGGUGUUGGGUCUAUUAUAAGCAUCGCUGUCAUGAUAAAUGUAUAUCUGUGUUACAAGAAGUCCAUUAUGAUGUUUCUUUAUGAACGCAAUCUUCUCGUUAAUUGGAUAACUCAAUUAGAACCUGAAGCAAACAAAAAUAAGAAAUUUGACGCAUUUCUUGCAUUUUCACAUAGGAACUUGGACAUGGUCGAGGAGUACGUUGAGAAACUGGAGAAUGGACCUCUGGAAUUUAAGCUGUGUUUCUAUCAACGCAACUGGAUGGUAGGAGCAUCGAUUUCUCAGUGCAUUUUGGAGUCAAUAGACGAGAGCAAAAGAAUCAUCAUCUUGUUGACCAAAGAGUUUACGAAGUCCCCUUGGAGUCGAUUUGAACUACGAACCGCAAUUCAGGCGACAUCGGGUGAUAGCCACAAACGACUGAUUGUCAUCUUGUAUCCUGAAGUGGAAAUUGAUAGCCUCGACUCGGAGCUUAGGACCUUUUUGAAAUAUCACACGUAUCUACAACGCGAUGAUCCACACUUCUGGAGGAAACUCGCCUAUGCUAUGCCCCAUAAGCAGAGAAGACAAACAAUGGUUACAACUGUAUAACUUGCUUGCUUAUUUUGUCUUUGAAACAAUUGUAUUUGAAUCUAAAUUCAUGUUUCCUUUUCACAUUUGUUAAAUUCUCAAAUUGACAAUCUUAACUUAUAAUUCCCGUAAAUAUGUAUAGUAUGUAUAAAUAUAGUCACAAUGUAUUGAAAAUGUUAAUCGUUCCUGCAAUAUCUACAUAUGUAUAAAAAGAAUUUUUUUGCCAGAAUAAAAUAAUUAAC